CGGUUGUUGUUGUUAAGCAUCGACGCACGCUAGAGUGCAGCAGAGAGAGGAAGAGUGUUCGUGUGUGUACUGAUAGAGAUCGGGCCGCCCAUCCGCAGUCCAUUUCAGCAGGGGAGCGGAUCGAUCAGCGUGCAGGGGGAUGGCGGGGUCGGACGAGAAGGGCAGCGAGCAGCUGCUGAAGGAGAGUCUCCAAGCGGCGGCAGAGGUGGCAUUGGACGCCGGUCAGAUAAUCAGGGAAGCAUUAAGGAUUGAAAAGCGAGUGCAAACAAAAUCCUCAGCAGCAGACCUCGUUACAGAAACAGAUCAGCUUGUUGAAAACCUUAUCAUCUCUACUUUAAGCAAAAAGUUUCCUUCACACAGGUUCAUUGCAGAAGAAUCGGUUGCAGCAGGUGAGAAGUGCAUUCUGACUGAUGAUCCCACCUGGAUAAUAGACCCCAUCGAUGGAACAUGCAACUUUGUGCAUGGAGCUCCAGUGGUAGCUGUUUCUAUCGGAUUAGCUGUCAACAAAGAGCUUGAGCUGGGUGUAAUCUAUAACUGUGUCGAAGAGAAGUUAUACACGGGCAGAAAAGGUCAUGGAGCCUUCUGUAAUGGACAGACACUUCAAGCAUCAAAGGAGACAGAUGUAUCGAAAGCCCUGAUUUUAACUGAGCUUGGCUCAAUCCGGGAACCAAGGGCACUGAGGAUGUUGUUUAAUAACAUGGAGAGGCUACUUUCAGUGCAGGCACAUGGGAUCAGAAUCAUAGGAAGUGCCGCUCUUGACCUGUGCCAUGUGGCAUCGGGAGACGUGGAAGCUUUCUACCAGUUUGGGCUCCACUGCUGGGACAUGGCGGCUGCAGCUGUCAUUGUCCGGGAGGCCGGUGGCUUCCUGAUCGACACAACAGGUGGGCCCUUGGACCUCAUGUCCCGCAGGGUGGUGGCAGCCGGCACUUUACAGCUAGCACAACAGAUUGCCCAGGAGCUACAGCCAGUCGCUUACGAAAGGGAUGACAGCACAGAAGAAGCAAGUGACUCUCAGUCCAAAUAAAAGACAUUCAGCAGCUAAGCCACAGCAGACAACAUGUGGGUGCCAGACUGCUGCCUUGUGAAAACUGUGAAUCGGUCAACCAAUUGGUCAACUCUCACUGAGGGCUUCAACAAUAUGCAACUUCUAUAUUGAGUGUUGUACUAAUUUAGUUGGCGUUAAAUGGGGAAUUUGUCUUUGGUUAAUAGCAUCUGGUCAGGUGGAGGCCCCCACUCCUACUCAUUCAGCUCCAUCUACUUCUGCUGAACCAAUCACCUUGCACAUUUCUCAUGCUGAGGACUAAGGGCAAAUUUCUUCCCCAGAGACAGUGAUGAGGUGGGGGCCGGGUGCAGGGAGGAUGAGACCAAAAUGGGCAGUUCACUGGUGAAAUAAAAAAUCAUACUGGGCAUAGAGCCAGUGACUUCUCUGAUCUGCCAAGUUAAAGCCAAUAUUUCGUCAGCUUGUGUUCAAAUUGUCCCUGAUGCAGCCACUCUAGAGUUGACAGGGUAAAUUUACAGAAGUGUAACUGGUGCUCCAAGAACCUAUAAAUAUUAAAUAUCUUCAUAUUCUCACAUGUACUAGGUGGCAUUUCAGACCAUCAAGUCUAUGCUGGCUCUCUGAGCACUCCCAUCAAUCUCGCUUCCUACUUGUUUCCCUGCUACUUGGGCUCUCAUCUAUAUGUCAACUCCCCUCAGUCUCAGCCCAGGAUGUUCCUCUGCAGAUAAUGCCUGACCUGCUAGUUCCUCCAGCAUUGUGUGUGUGUUGCUCAAGAUUAGCAGAUCACUGAAUCUCUUGUCUCAUCACUAGUGUGCAGGAAGAAUUCCAAGCACCGAGAGGAAACUCCACAUGCACACACACAGCAAGCUCAAGCCCAAUUCACUGGAGCUGGGUUUUAUCUUGAAACAAAUAAAAACCCUGGAAGAGCUCAGUGGGUCAGACAGCAUCCAUGGAGAGAGAAACAGAAUAUAACAAUUCACAUCAACAAUUCUUCUUUGGGAUCUGGUUGUCUCUGUUGAUGCUGCUUGACUUUUCUCAAAGCUUCCAGCAUUUUCUGUUUCUGCUUUUGAUUCCCGUCAUUCAGCUUGAAUCAUUCUUAGAGACUGAUUUCCAGAUCAGGGCCCGCUUAUAUCCAAGAUUUAGCCAUUUGCAGAUUGUAAAGAAAAUGUACCCUGCUGCUUAUUUUGCUAUUCGCAGUCAGCCAUUGCCUUACAGGUCACAUCAGGCUUAAAAGCAAUGGGAGAGCAAAGCAAGCAUCAGUCAACCUUCAGCACUUAGAUGCUAAGGGUAGGGGAUUUUUAUUCAGGGUCCUCCGUUUAGGAAAAUGUCUUGCAAAAUAGGCUUUGAAGGUUCACUUGUCAAUGAAUCUGGAAGUAUUGGGACUCGCAUUCAAAAAGCACAGUCUUAAAGGAGGGAAAAGAGUCUAAAAGGAAUUCCCAAGUUUUAUAUAUUGUAGCAUGGUUGCCAAAGGUCUGAGAAUUACAUUUUGUUAAUGGCGAAGAGGCCAAGAACAAUGGAAGUUAGUGAAGAAGAUGAACAAUGGUGAGGUUAGUGGAUGGUAAUGGUUGAGCAGGAUCUAAACUCAGCUGUUGUUAAAGAUAAUGCCUCUAGCUUCUUGCAAUUUGUUAACCCAUCAACCCAUGCCCCUUGUCUUCGAGAGCCAAAACGUUUGAAUCUAACCCAUUUUCACUCCUGAAUUUCAUUAUCGUCAUUAGAGGGGUUUUGGCUGCAAUGUAUCAGUCAACAAAAAUAUUCGGAUAACUUUACAAUUUAGUCAUAAUUUUAAAGGAGAUCUUAUUUCAGGGUUUUACUAGGUCUGCAGCAAAUAUAACAAAACAAUAGAAAUAAAUUCUAACUGAAUUGUUCAUGAAUAAACAGAUUUGUUUUUAUAUCAGUUCGAUUCUCUUGCUUAUUUGGAUAGAUUUCUACACUUCCAUGCAUUCAGAUUCAAGUAAGACAUGUGUAGACAGAAGAGAUCUAGCUUAAUUUGGAAUUGUGCUCAGCACUAACAGUCUGGGCCCAAGGGCCUGUUUCUGUGCCAUACUGCUCGAUGUCCAUAGCUUUGUGGUGAAAGGGAGAAAGUUUAAGGAGAUUCUUGAGGCAAACAUUUUACACAGAAAUUGGGUGCCUAGAAUGCAGAGUCAGGGGACGUGGUGGAAGCAGAGAUGAUAGCAACAUUUAAAAGGUGCUUAGACAGACAUUUGAACAGGCAAGGAAUGGAGGAAUAUAGACCAUCUGCAGGCAAACGUGUUUAAAUUGGCAUCGUGGUCAGCACGCUGUACAGUUUCAACAAAAUUAAGAUAUUGCAGCAUAAAAUAUCCUGUGCCCUUUACACUUGGAAUGACAACCAUGCUCAAAUCUCACAUUGUCCCAAUGAAGCAGUGAUGUACAGCACAGUUUAAUCAUGGACAAAUGAAAGCAGAUGAGGAAGGAGUUGAUUGCUAAGUGGGAUACAAAGGAAGAAUAGGCUGGUAGGAGAUAAGUGAAACCAAAUAAGAGAGGGACGAUGGAGCCAGGGGAGGUUCCACCAAUCAUCUACCAACCCGUUUCACCUUCCGUCUCACCUCUUUGUACUGUCUAUCUUCCCUCUACAAUCAGUUUCAUGAUGCAGGGCCUUGACCCUAAACAUUGACUAUUUCUUUGCCUUCGUAGAUGCUGCUUGACCCACCAUUUUUCCAGCAGUUUGUUCUUUGUUCCAGUUCCCAAGUUUUUUGUCUCUUCUUGUAUCAAUCUUCGACUGCUGGGUCUGUCUCAGUUAGUGACACCUUUAUCCCCAAGUCUGUUGUCCAGAGACUGGAGAUGGAAUGCUGCCAUUCAGAAGAUAAUCUAAACUGUUCUUUCACUUUUCCUAAGUUAAACUUCCUCUGCAACCAAAAUUCAUCCCUCAGCCAACAUUAAUGAAAAAAGAUUAUCUGAUUAUUGCUAUAUAGCUGUGUGUGGGAGCUUCCUGCGCACAGAUGGCUGCCAUGUUGCCCAGGGUUCGAUGGUGUGCACACUUCAGAAGUAUCUCACAGAAUAUAAAGGACUUUGGGUUUAUGUGCAGGGGCGAACGGUAUUAGAGCAAUGUAGAUCUUGUCCAGUAACCAGGUAUUUAUAAACCAGGAGGGGAGAGUUAUUGGGCCUGGCCAGUUGGCAUAAAAAGGUGGACAGAAAAUGUACUCUAUCUGUUGGAAAUUCUCUGUUUUAACUGAUACUGUUUUUCCCAUGGGAAUGUGACAGUCUAUUUACAAUUGAGAUUUGUCCCUGUGAGCAGUUGCCAGUACCAAUCACACGGUGAUGCUGUAGAGCACAUCCUUGCGCGAUCUCUGAUGCGCCCACUGCAUUUCAGCUCCAGAAUAUGGUUAAACAUAGAAUGUAUAAAUCAUAAAAAUAUUUUUUUAACUUAGAGGAGCAGGUCAUUCAGUCUGCAAGUCCAUGUCAAGAAAUAGUUCUGCAGUUUAAUUCCAUAUUCCAAUACUGGGUCUAAAGCGUGACUGAUCACAGUUCUUCAAGUAAAUUUCUGAAUGUGAUGACCUUCUGGCCUCUGGAUAUGUUUUUAAUCAGCACAUAUAAAAUGCUGGAGGAACUCUGUAGGCCGGGCAGCAUCCAUGGGAAAGAGUAUAGUCGACGUAAAAGAAUUUAAAAUGGACCUGAGGAGCAGCAUUUCCACAAAAUGGGUAGUGAGUUCAUGGAAUGAGAUAUCAGAGAAAGUGGUAGAGGUGGCUACAAUUACCAUGUUUAAUAUAUAUUUGGACAAGUACAUGGAGAGGAAAGUUUUAGAGGAACAUACCACACAAUUGCUGCAUGAAUUCAGCAGGGCAGACAGCUUCUAUGGAAUUGACUAAAACAGUCGAUAUUUCGGGCAGAGACCCUUCAUCAGGACUGGGAAGGAAAGGGGGAAGGUGCCGGAAGAAAACGAUGAAGGGGGAGUCAAGCUAGAUGGUUAUAGGUGAAUCCGCGUGGGUGGGAAAGGUAAGGGGCUGGGGAAGAAAGAAACAAAUGGGAGAAGAGAGUGGACCAUGGGAGAAAGAGCAGAAAGGGGGGCACCAGAGGAGGUGAUAGGCAGGUGAAGAAAAGGGAUGAGAGUAGGGAAUAGAAGAAGAGGGAGGGGGAGGGGAUGUUCAAGCCUUCAGGCUGGAGGAUAUCUUGAUGGAAUAUGAGGUGUUGUUCCUCCACCCUGAGAGUGGCCUCGACAUGGCAGAAGAGGAAACCAUGGGCAGUGGUGCAGAAAGUUUGAAGUUAAUAACUCAUCAGGGGUGAAGAAGGUGAUGAGUUAUUAACUUCAAACUUCCUGCAUAAUCACUCAAAGAGUUGAACUGCUUGUGCAUGUAACGAGAGCUGUACAACUCAUCUCCUUCUACCUUAGGUCACGAACAUAUCAAUCACUCCUGUUGUGGACUCUUUCUGCAGGUCCAGGAUCUGUAUGCUCCACGACCGCUGGACUAAGUGUAAAUGUAGUAGGGGACUAUGUUGAAAAAUAAAUGUGCUAGGUUUUCUAAAAUGGACUCCGUCUACCUUGGGCCACAGCUUAUCUUCUCAGUCACUCCUGGUAUAUGCACUUUAAUAAUAAAUUUACUUUGAACUUUGA